AUGGGUAUCUCUGUUGUGGUACAGAAUUUGGAAGAUAUGGAAGCAAAGAAUAAAUUAACUGUCACAUUGGUUACUAUUACUUCUGUCUGUUUUGCUUUCUUCGGGGUACCAGUAUUACCUUUGGUGGAUGGUGGAGUUCUCAAGAUCCUAGGCAAAAAUAAGAAUCAAUAUGUACCUUCCUCAACAGCCAUGGUAUCAUUUUCUGGACACGGCAACAAUGACGGCAACAGUAGCAACACUACUAGCACAUCUCAUGACGGUCAUCAUCAUACUCUUCGACGUAAAGUACAGCAAUUUCAUCUGGAUCAAAUGCAUGAAGAUGAAAAUAAUGACCUGGACGAAGAACCAUCUCAAAUUCGACAAAAUGAAAUUCAAAGACUGAUACAAUUUGCAACAGAAUCUAGCAUCAUCGAAGCCGUCAAUUUAUCUAAUCCACCAGCACAUCGCCGGCCUUCUCAUACCUCCAUGAUGGAUGAUGCAAUGGAAUUAUUGAAACAACGACAGGUCUCCCUUUUCUUUUUGACAAUGAUGUUGAUGGGUGCUGCAUUGAAUAUGGUAGUCAGCUUUUUGUUUAUUUUCCUUACUCAAGAACUUGGUGCAAGCUCAUCUACGCUCAUUCGUAUAUUUGGUAUUCGAUUCCUGAUCAUCCUUGGACAUGUAUUGACGAUUAUUCGUGUGUUUGCAUAUACCACAUUACCAAAAGGCCCUAGUGGUGCCAACAUUGCUCUUGGUUUACAUCUAUUGAAUGGUAUAGCAUUUUCUGCAUUAUGGGGUGCAGGUGUCGUUCAAGCAGAUGAAUUGGCACCUCCGUCUUUACAAGCGACAUCUCAAGGUAACCAUUAUACAAAAUAG